CAGUUUUCAAAAAGCAGUGUGUUUCUUUUCGACUUAGUUCAGACCUAAAGGCAAUUGUUUGGUUCAAAAUGAAGCCUGUUGGCUUAAAGGGUGUCCGGGUUUGUGUGCCUAAGAGCCCUGUACGCCUAGAAGCUCAGCCAUGUUCGUUAGGCCAGAGUAGAAGGAAAGUCAGGUUUAAGGAUGAAGGGCCAUUUUCUCUUACAAUCGGCAACGGAGACUACUUUUGGACAAAUAAAGACAUGUUGUGGAAUUAUGUGCAGACUCUUUCUGAUCAGGGAGCAGAGAAACAUGAAGGGACGAGUCAGUCCUCUGGGAUCACCGAUCAAGAGAAGGAGUUGUCCACCAGUGCUUUCCAGGCUUUCACAGCUGGAAAUUAUGAUGCCUGUCUGCAACACCUUGCCUGCCUACAAGAAGUGAACAAAGAUGAUUAUAAAAUAAUUUUGAAUACAGCAGUGGCUGAGUUUUUUAAAAGUAACCAAAUGACAACAGACAGUUUGAGACAAACACUUAACCAACUGAAGAAUCAGGUCCACUCAGCUGUCGAAGAAAUGGAUGGCUUAGACGACGUGGAGAACAGCAUGUUGUAUUACAAUCAGGCAGUCUUUCUGUAUCAUCUGCGGCAGUACUCAGAGGCCAUAGCAGUUGGUGAAAAGCUCUACCAGUUCAUAGAACCUUUUGAAGAAAAAUUUGCCCAAGCAGUGUGUUUUUUGCUUGUAGACCUAUAUAUAUUAACCUAUCAAGCUGAGAAAGCUUUGCAUCUUCUUGCUGUCCUAGAAAAAAUGAUUUCACAGGGUAACAAUAACAAAAAUGGGAAGAAUGAGACUGGUAACAACACCAACAAAGACGGAUCUAAUCACAAAGCUGAAAGUGGAGCCCUAAUAGAAGCUGCAAAAUCAAAGAUACAUCAGUAUAAAGUAAGAGCUUAUAUCCAAAUGAAGUCCCUGAAAGCAUGCAAAAGGGAAAUCAAGUCUGUCAUGAACACAGCUGGAAAUUCUGCCCCCUCUCUGUUUCUUAAAAGCAAUUUUGAGUACUUAAGAGGCAAUUAUCGAAAAGCUGUGAAGCUGUUAAAUAGUUCAAACAUUGCUGAGCAUCCAGGAUUCAUGAAAACAGGUGAAUGCUUGAGAUGCAUGUUCUGGAAUAAUCUUGGUUGUAUCCAUUUUGCCAUGAGCAAGCACAAUUUGGGAAUUUUCUACUUUAAAAAGGCCCUCCAGGAGAACGACAAUGUUUGUGCACAGCUCAGUGCAGGCAGCACUGAUCCAGGCAAAAAGUUUUCAGGAAGACCCAUGUGUACAUUACUAACCAACAAGAGGUACGAGUUGCUGUAUAACUGUGGAAUUCAGCUUCUUCACAUCGGAAGACCUCUUGCCGCCUUUGAGUGUCUGAUUGAAGCUGUUCAGGUUUAUCACGCAAAUCCCCGCCUCUGGCUACGGCUGGCCGAAUGCUGCAUUGCUGCCAACAAGGGGACUGCUGAACAAGAAACUAAAGGCCUUCCAAGUAAGAAAGGAAUUGUACAGUCUAUUGUUGGUCAAGGCUAUCAUCGUAAAAUAGUUCUGGCAUCACAGUCCAUACAGAAUACUGUAUAUAACGAUGGACAGUCUUCAGCCAUUCCUGUAGCCAGCAUGGAGUUUGCAGCCAUCUGUCUCCGAAACGCCUUGCUGCUCUUACCGGAAGAACAGCAAGAUCCGAAGCAGGAAAAUGGGUCUAAAAAUAGUAACCAAUUAGGUGGGAACACGGAGAGCAGCGAAAGCGGCGAAACUUGCAGCAGUAAAAGCCAUGAUGGAGAUAAGUUCAUUCCAGCUCCACCUUCCUCUCCAUUGAGAAAACAGGAAUUAGAAAACUUAAACCCUUCCCUUUUGUGUUCCAGAUGCUCCAUACUUGCCUGCAGUGCUUACGUGGCUCUGGCUUUAGGUGAUAACCUUAUGGCUUUGAAUCACGCAGAUAAACUUCUUCAGCAGCCCAAGCUGUCAGGAUCCCUUAAGUUUUUGGGCCAUUUGUAUGCUGCAGAAGCCCUCAUCUCUCUGGACAGGAUAUCUGAUGCCAUUACUCACUUGAACCCCGAGAAUGUCACUGAUGUUUCCUUGGGCAUCUCUUCAAAUGAACAGGACCAAGGAUCGGACAAAGGUGAAAAUGAAGCAAUGGAAUCCUCUGGGAAGCGGGCCCCCCAGUGCUACCCCAGUUCCGUCACCUCUGCCAGGACCGUGAUGCUGUUCAAUCUCGGCAGCGCCUACUGUCUGCGGAGCGAAUACGACAAGGCUCGAAAGUGUCUGCACCAGAAGACUGGAAACCAAUGUAAAUAAGGGAUCAUCUGAAUAAUGGUGCAUCCAUAUAGCCGAACACAUGCAGCUGUAAACUCUGUGGACCAAAAUGAUGACAUAGCCGAGACCUGCUAAGUGAAAGGACCUUUUGUAUGUGCAUAAAAGAGCUGUCGAAGGACACGCUAGAAGCUGCAGAGACUGGUCAUGGGCGGCAGGGUACGAACUGUGGGGCUGGAGCACUAAAGCAAGAGACUUCAGACCGAGAGCUGGCAGCCUGUCCCUGAAAUGCACCCCUGAAUCCUACCGCUGAGAUGGUGCGUCAUCACUAGGACCCCGGGAAGAUUCUGAUUGAGCCUCUUUAGGAUUCCCGCCCAUCCCCAGAUGAGUCACGGACCCUUACCUAUAGAAGGGGAGGAUGUAUCACCAGUGGCAGCUCCAGAGGGAUGUCACAGACUCAGAAAGGGGUGAUUCCUCAAAAGGAUAAUCAUUCAGCAAGUGUCUGAGCACUUGCUUCUCAGUAGGCCACGGGAAUAAGACAGUAAACAGGUCGGCAUGCCACAACCCUGCCUAAGAAGGGAGUUGCAAGGUCAGAGCGAUGCAGAAUUCUAAGAUUUCAAAUGCGGAGACUUUGAGCCAAAUGCUAUAUUCACCAGCAGCACGUGAGAGGGCCCACGUCCCUGUAUGCUUAUCGGGGAACUGACAUUGAAACUGAACCUGUUCUCCGGAGAUAAUGGUGGCUCCUGGAAAUUUCCUAGGAAGUCCACCAUAUUGUGUAUAGCAUUGAAGAACCUUACCGUGCCGAAAUAGCCAAGAGUGAUGUUUAGUUAACUUAGUGGCAUCUCGUCGGCACUUCUGAUCCCAAAUCAGAAAAGUUAAGUGAUGGGACUAUCCAGGGAAACGUGUGUGCCGUCAUCUCGCAGUGGAGUCACACAAGUUGACGGGGAAGGAGUUGAAAAACUCACUGCUCUUGGUGGCCGGGCUAGGGUAUUUAACAACCCUUCUGAGAGUGCCCAUGGACCCCAGUGGCUGGAGCAAACAGGGCCUUUGAUCCAAGUUGCAGAGUGCACAGUCUAGCCCAGGUUCUCGUGCAGCAGGUGGCCGAGGCGGCUGCCACGCUGGGAGACACAGACGGGUAGGGGCUGGCUCUGGGUCUGAAGGGGCGGGGCUGUUUUGGUCCCUUGGGGUUUAGGUUAAUCCAGUGCCUGAACCUGUGUUAAUUGGGAGGCCCGCCCUGCCUGGGAGGGCAGGGCCGUGCUCUGCGCCGAUGGUUCCGAGGGUCCCUGCCCACCACUAGCCUUUCUGAACGGCCAGUAAGCACAGCACCAUCAAGUCUCAUAAAAUUGCUGCUGUGAAUUCUCGUACCUGCGGGAAAGCUGCAGACUGUAGUCCACGCAGAGAACGAUAAAUGACCUGCGGUAACUAGCCACCUGGAGGCAAAGUGGACGUUGCAGCACCCACAGCAUGCUGUGAAGAGGCUCUUGCCCGUAUGAGGCUUGGCCCGGAAGUGUGAACUCUGUUUCCUGAACUGAGUGGUUGCCCCUCAGGGCGGUGGUGAGAGGAACAAAAGCCUCCGUGCUUCACUCGUGAGGAACUUGGGUCGUGUGCCCUGGGUGCGAGUCCCUGCUCACCCGAGAUUUCUCCUGGGGCUGCCGGGAGCUGACCUUGUGCAAGUGUCUGGUCCCCCAGACGUCUCCCAUCUCCACAGCGGGGCCUGCGAGUCCUGUCUCCCCAUUUUCUGCUUCUCCGAUUCCAUUCUGAGAGAGAGAGGACUGAGGCGGGCGCCUCCCCAAAGCUCUCCGUUCCCCAGAAACCUACUUUUCUCUGCGUAUCCACGGUGCAUUCGCUCUCCUCUCUCCCUAGCAUUUGGGGAAAUCUGUUUGGAUUACUGUUAGCCGUUUGCACGCCUGUGGUUCUCAGGAUGAGCCCGUGUCUUAGCCGCACGCCCAUGUCUGGUCAGGAAGCGUCUGUACGAGUGCACUUUCUGAUCAGGGAGCAGGCAGAGCAGCCUGGCACCAGAGCACCCGAGACUGGAUGGGGAAAUACGAGUUGAUAGUGCGGGUGGGGAAAGGGCUGCAGCCCAGAGAGGCCCCGCCUGAGGAAAUAGACCUCUGGUCUCGGCACGGCUGACCCAGAGCAAGCCUGGCGUCCUUUCUCAGGACUGGUCAGGGAGAAACUGCUAGCUGGAGAUGUGACCCUCAGGUCCAGAAAAGGACAGCGUGUUGCUUAGUUAAAUUAUUUUAUUUGACGAAGUUGUGCUAUUUCAGUCCUCAAGAAUGAGGACAUCGAAAAUGCUUAGUGGUAUGCUUGUUUCCAAGUUUUUGGUGUUCCCCCCCCCCCCCCGAGAGCGAGUGUUGUGGAGGGGCAGAGAGAGAGGGAGAGAGAGAAUCCCAAGCAGACUCCACAUUGUCAGCACAGAGCCCAACACAGGGCUCAGACUGAUGAACCAUGAGAUCAUGACCUGAACUGAAAUCUAGAGUCGGAUGCUUAACCAGCUGAGCCACCCGGGUGCCCCUGUGUCACCAACUUUUUCUUUUUAGUUUGAGUUCUUACUGCUUAGGUUGGGAACUUGGGGCCUACGAUACUGAGCUGUUACUUAGGAACACAAAUGGACAUGCACAUUUGAAUAUAAAUGCAACGAUGUCUA